AUGAAAAAAUUUUCAUUUUAUUUUAUUGUCUUCUUGACAUUUGUUAACCAUUUGGAAGUGUUUCUAAAAAGCAAUAUAACAUUAAAUUCAAAUUUUAAUACAAAAAAUGACAAUGAGACAUUGCUAAAAGAAAUUAAUAAUAAUAAUAAUAAUGAUAAUGAUAGUGACAGAGUUAUAUCGGUUCAACAAAAUCAAUAUUCACAUCAAAGAAUUUCUGAAUUUGAAAAACAACAACAAUCAUUUUUGAAUCAAUAUUCUGAUUCAUAUGGUUAUAAUCAAAGAAUAGAUCAUAUUAGAAACAAUGAUUUCUCAGUAUUAAAUGGUAAAGUAACAACACAAAGUACUAAUUGUUGUUAUUUAGAUCAUACUGCUUCUACUAUUCCAUCGAGUGUACAGCUUGACUUGGUCAAUCAGGAUUUGAAAUCGACAAUCUAUGCUAAUCCACAUAGUCUGAAUCCGAUUGGUUUGAAGACAACGGAAUCGAUAGACCAAGCUCGUGAGAGAAUACUCCAGUUGUUCUCUGCACCCUAUAGACAAUACACUGUUGUAUUCACAUCGGGUUGUACCGACGCCUUGAAGAAGGUAGGCGAGUACUUCCCGUGGCAGUCGAAACACUCGACUUUCUUCUACUCUACAGAGGCACACAACUCACUGCUUGGCAUCAGAGAGUAUGCCGCAGAACGAGGCUCAAAAUUCCGACCAAUACAAUCAGCAUUCUUCAAACAAUCAAACAACUCCCAUUUCAAUGACAUCGUCAAUGUCAUUCAACGUGAGGUGCAACCAAACGAUGGUUCCUACAGUCUACUGGCUUUCCCUGCACAAUGCAACUACAACGGAUCCAAAUACAAUUUAGAAGUGAUCAAGAUAUUAAAACAGAAAUUCAAAAAUUUAAAGAUAUUAUUAGAUGUAGCUAGUUUUGUACCGACUUCACCAUUUGACUUGUCGGAAUAUCCAGCAGAUUUCAUUGCACUUUCAUUUUAUAAGAUGUUUGGAUAUCCAACCGGUUUAGGUGCUUUAAUUAUAAAGAAUGAUUGCUUUCCAUUAUUAAACAAAGUAUAUUUUGGUGGUGGAACAGUUAAUGCAUCACUCUCAUAUGAGAGAUUUCAUGUUUUUAGAGAUGUAUUGCAUCAAAAGUUUGAAGAUGGUACACUACCUUAUCAAUCGAUAGUCUCGUUGAAAUAUGGGCUGGAUAUACUCGAUGGAUUGGGAAUGGAGAAUAUAAAGAAACAUACAUUUUCGUUGAUUCAAUAUCUAAGAGAUAAAAUGGUGGAACUAAAGCAUAGUAAUGGUUCACCUUUAUUGGUCAUCUACGCCGAUAAUCAUUAUAUCGACUCGAAUAGACAGGGUGCCAUUAUCAAUUUCAACGUAUUGAAAACCAAUGGACAACCAGUUGGAUUCAACGAAGUAGAGAAGCUGGCAUCACUUUGUAAUAUACACCUAAGAAUAGGAUGUUUCUGUAAUCCUGGUGCAUGUCACAGCUAUCUAUCUUUGACAAGAGACGACGUUGAGAAACAUCUAAAAGAUGGACACGUCUGUUGGGAUGACAAAGAUAUAAUCGAUGGUAAACUAACUGGUUCCAUAAGAGUUUCACUUGGUUAUAUGUCAAAUUUUAAAGAUAUUUUUACAUUUAUAGAAUUUUUAAAAGAUAAUUUUAUUGAUGAAAAUCAUUCACAACUAAGUUCUCCAUGUGUCUCAUCAUCGAUAAAUGGACAAGCAGAUCGUGGCGAUAUCUAUCUCUCGGAGAUCAAUGUUUAUCCUGUGAAGUCAUUUGGUGCGUUCACCGUUGAUGAAUGGGAGAUUGGUCCAUCUGGUCUGCUCUAUGAUAGAGAGUGGACUCUUAUCGACCAGAACGGUGUAUAUAUCAAUCAAAAGAAACUACCUGUUUUAAGUUUAAUUUCAACACAUAUCGAUCUACAAGAUCGGGUUUUGAAACUUAAGGCUCCAGAGAUGCCAGAGUUGGUAUUGCCACUCGACUACUAUCCAAGAUCAUCGAUGGAUGUAAUUCAGGUGUGUGGUGACAGCGUCGAGGGUCUUCUCUAUGGAAAAGAUGACUUGGAAACAGUUGGCGAUGUCAGCAACUGGAUGUAUACAUUCACAGGCAAACAAUGCCAUUUGGUGCGAAAGAACCCUGAUAGUCAUAGAAAGUCGAGGAUGGCAGUGAAGCACAAUAACAACGACUCCACCACCAGCACCACGACAACCACCGAAGCAUCGAAAGGAACUAGAGGCGAAGAGAUAUCAUUUGCAAAUGAAUCACCGUUUUUGAUGAUAAGUGAAUCCAGUGUUAAAGAUCUAAGAGAUCGUGUCGUAUCAAGAAAUCAAAGUAACAGUCUAGCCAACGAAUGGAACUGGAUCACAACCAGUAGCUUCAGAGCAAACUUUGUAAUUAAAGGUGGAUAUCCAUACGAAGAGGAUGGAUACGAUAGAUUUACAAUUGGAGAAAAUACCUUUCAAACAAUUGGAUUGUGUAAUCGAUGUAAAAUGAUAUGUAUAAAUCAAACAAUGGGAAUCGAAGAGAAAGAACCAUUGGCUACCCUAUCUACCUAUAGAAGAAAUCAAGGUAAAAUAGUAUUUGGUCAACAUCUACAAUAUGUAGAAUCACAAGAAGGCUGUGAUGGUACUAUUAAAAAAUUGAUUUCAAUUCAUUCCAAAGUAGAAAGAAUAAAUAAUUGUAAUACAUGA